GGCCCAUUUAAGCGUCCAUAAAACGCGAGAGGUUCAGGAAGCCGAAGUUCAACCAACUCAACUCAGACAACAGAGUAGCCGAACUUUUUUCUUUAUCGUUAUCGUCGGAAGCACCAAAACCAAAGUCACUCAACGCGCAACUCUCUGAUUCUAAUUGUUUUGCAGUGAUAAUGGCGGACGAAAGUCAGAAUGAUAUUAAGGACGAGGUGGCAGAACUUGCCCCUUUCGAUCCUACUAAAAAGAAGAAGAAGAAGAAGAUUUCAAUACAGGAUUCUGCUGAUGAUUCUGUGGACAAUUUGGCUGAGAAAACCGAGGCACUGUCAGUCUCCGAAGGUAUUGAAAGUACUUUUGCUGGUUUGAAAAAGAAGAAGAAGAAACCAGUCGAAACCAAUAUAUUGAAUGAGGAGAGUGGGGAUGCAGGAGAAGAUUUUGAUGAUCAUGUAGGGGAGGAGGAAGAAGGAGAUGGAGCUGUACCUCAACAACGUUAUCCUUGGGAAGGAAGUGAUCGCGAUUAUGAAUAUGAGGAGCUUCUUGGUAGGGUCUUUAACAUUCUCCGAGAGCAUAAUCCCGAACUUGCAGGAGAUAGGCGUAGAACUGUUAUGAGACCUCCUCAAGUUCUUCGUGAGGGAACAAAGAAAACUGUUUUUGUGAAUUUCAUGGAUCUCUGCAAGACCAUGCAUCGGCAGCCAGACCAUGUCAUGGCAUUCUUGCUUGCUGAACUGGGUACAAGUGGAUCACUUGAUGGACAACAAAGAUUGGUUGUGAAAGGGAGAUUUGCUCCCAAGAAUUUUGAAGGAAUACUUCGUCGUUAUGUCAAUGAAUAUGUUAUUUGCCUUGGGUGCAAAAGUCCUGACACAAUACUUUCAAAGGAGAAUCGUCUCUUCUUCCUCAGAUGUGAGAAGUGUGGGUCAGGACGAUCAGUUGCUCCAAUCAAAGCCGGUUUUGUUGCUCGUGUUGGCCGCAGGAAUACCGGUACCUGAGCUGUUUAGCCUAUGUACUGCCUCACCUGGCAACGCAUCAAAAGUAUGCUACUUUUCUUGUUUUGAUUUUAAAGGGUGUAGACCAAAACUUUCUUGAAUUUACUGUUAAUUGAGGUCUCAUUACUAAAGGCUAUCUCUAGCAACUCUAGAAGCAUUUCUUUUAAUUCUCACGUUGACAAAUCAAUUGUUGGUUACUUGGUUUA